UCUAAUUCAUUAUGAAAAAACAUAAAGAAAACUUAUUUUCGACGAAGUUUCGCUUAUUGAAUUCGCAAGAAUAUUCGGAAGAGAUUAUCUGGUCAUCAAGUGACUCCAGCGAGUUCGAAGAUGUCGACAACAAAGCGAAUUUUAAUAACAUAACCAACAAGAAACUAAAUCGUAAAAGAAAACGCAAAUCAAAGGUUCCCAGUAACGUUUCUAACUUAGAUAUCACUAUAAUUGACGUGAAUAAAGACGGAGAAGGCGGUAAAUCUCCAGUUUUAACCUGUAAAACUAAAUGUAAGUCAAUUGAAAAUGUUCUUGAUAAGACAUAUUCAAUAUCAAGAUACGUUGAAAAUAGCAACAAUAAGACUGAUCUGACGUCACCUGUACUGUGUACCGGUACACAGAGAGCUAAUAUUAUCAUGAAGAGUCCCGUAAUAGCUCAGAAGUAUGCAUCUCCGGUUCACAGUCCCAAGGUGAGAAAAACAUUAUUUAGUGAAAGUAAAAAUGAUAAUACAACCCAAAAAGACAAAAGAAGUACUUCUCCUGUACUUAGUCACUACUUUCCACGUGACCGAAGAAAUAUACAAGAUAACAUUAAAGUAGAGAUUGAAAAUACUCAAAUUAUAGAAACACAGAAUUCUAUACUAGGAGAAGACAGGUUACACAGUACCGAAAGCUCAAAAAGCUCUGGUAAUGUUGAAUUGAUCAAUAAAGUGAAGUCCUUCUUUGAUAAUCAGUUUAGUUCUGAAAAUUGUUCACAAGUUUCAAUUGCCGAUACUCCUACACCGCAUAAUAUCUCAAAUGAUGAUGUAGAGAUAAUAUCCAUUACUCAGAUGACUUCAACCGAAAGUAGUGUCAGAACAGUGAAACAUACAAAUUCCACAGACAAUUCUGCAAUAGAGGCUGAAAAAUCUAAGAAAAUAAGGUAUAAGAAAGACGGCCUAGCAUACAGACUAUGUUCACUAUUAAAAAAAAAUUGUGCUAAUAUUUCUCUAUGGCAACACGAAAGGUUCCUGGCUGAAAAUUCUAAUUUCAAAAUACCUAAAGGCGAGCAUUUAGUGUUCCGAAUUCAAAAAGUUGAAUUCAAAUAUGGAAGCUAUCUACUGGACACUAUGGAUAUUAAUGAUGAGGUGUUUUUAAUUUUGAUCAAUAAUAGUUAUGUAAAUAAUUGUGUAUUUAGUGUAGAUAGUGUUUUUAAGUUGUAUGAGCCUUAUCAAAUAUUUAGUUUUGGUGAAAAAAGGUUGAUAGUCCAUGUUUGUAAAUUUGAAUGUAUUACUAUAGAUUUAUAAGUAAAUAAUUGUAAGCCAAGUAGUAUCCAUCUCCUGUGGAGCUACAACUUACUUGUUGUAAUAUACAGAGUUAUAUGAGAGAUGUCACACCACGUACACCUGGCGUGCA